GCAGAAAGGGGAAGGCACAGCCCUGAAGGACAGGCACGGAGCGCGUUCUGCACGAGGGCUGCCCGGGGCACAAGAGCAGCCGGUGGGGCCAUGCGGCUGCUGCCGCUGCUCUGCUGCGCGGCUCUGUGCCUCCCCGGCCGGGCGGUGCGGGGACCCGGCACCGUGAUGGGAUACAUCGGGGAGUCCCUCUCGGUGUCCUGCUCCUACCAGAAGGGGUACGAGAAGUAUCCGAAAUACUGGUGCUACCCUGGGACGAUUAACACCUGCUGGUAUAAAACCCACAUCGUCAUCACCUCGGAGCAGCAGCCCUGGGCUCAGGAGGGCCGAACCUCCAUCUGGGACAACCGCACGGAGCGGGUGUUCACUGUGACCAUGAGGGACCUGACUGCGGGGGAUGCGGGCACCUACCGCUGUGGGGUGCAGACACACGUAUUGCAGAAGGAUGUCUCUGACACGGUGCAGGUCAUCGUGUUCUCAGGUCCUAACCCCACAUCCUCAGCAUCACCCUCCACAUCAUCCAUUUCCCCUGGCCCCAUUUUCAGCUCCACAUGGAUGCCUCCCCAGCAGGAAACUGCAGAGCAGACCGCACGCCCCACUUCCCCUGGAGACCUCAGUGAAGGGCAGUUGGACAUAGUCAUGGGCAUCCUCAUCCCAUGCAUUGCAGUGGUUCUGUUUUUCCUCACAAUUGCUGCUACCGUUUUGGUAAUUCUGUCCUGGAAGAGGAAGAAGGCCCUCGCAGGAGCACCCAUCGAGAUGAGCAGCACUCGUGGCACAGCCAACACGGAGGUGCUGCAGUACGCGAAUAUCAGCCAUGCGGGCACGGAGCAGAGCCAUCUGUACAGCAACAUCAGGGCUGCCCCUGCAGCCCCACAGGCAGCCACCGAAUAUUCGGAGGUCAAGAAGCCGUGCCAGAAUUUGGAAAGGAAUACAGAGAGCCUUUAUGCCCAGGUGUGCAAAAUCCCUCCGGAGGAGCAGGAACAGCUCUAUGCCAACAUGGCUCCCAGGCAGCAGCGUGCAGCACAGUGAGGAUGAGGAGCCAGCACUGCUGUCUG